UGAUUGGAAUUAUAGAGCGGUGCAAAAAUCGUUCGCAGUCUUUGGUAAGUUGUGCUGGCGCUGUUCCUUUGGAACAUCUGGUUCUGCUUCUCUGCACGCUCUGAUGAAUUGUUGUACAGAGUCGCUCGAAGACGAAGAUGCUGCGAUGUUGAAUGCUGUUGUCCUCAUGAUGGCUGCGAACUGUUCGAUGGCCUUCCUCAUAGCCCUGAGUUCGUCUUGCAAGGUUGAAUCGAUGUCCUCGAGCAUCGCGAACUGGUAUUCGAAGGGCCUCACAACUUUUACGAAGUUCUUCGCGCGAUUCUACACUGAAUUCACCUUCGUAGCUGUUAUUAGCAUCACACGCGGAGUCUUGACUGUACAUUUUAAAAAUUUUAAGAAUUUAAGCAACGUUUGUUCAAUAAAUAUAUAUUAAACUUUGAAUUUG